AUGGGAAUAACACAAGCAGUAACCGCGAUCCAGCACUGGCUUCUGGCGAGAAUUUUGCUUGAAGUAUUUGACCCAAGGAUUCCUCGCUUGGGUCCACGUCAACGAGCAGCCAGUACAAUUCGUGAGGCCGAAAUCAAGAGCAAUGUGUUCGAGCUUUGUGGGAUAGGCCUAUCUAACAAAACGGCCCCAGCGUUGAUAACAUCCUGUAUGGGCGUGUCGAUGUGUGGAGAUCGUAUCACGGAUGUUGCGGAGCAAUCAGCACUAUUGCGACUUUUGGAAAAGACAGAAAAGAGGCAUUCUUUGUCAACUGAAAAGAUUAAACUUCAGCUCAAGGAAGCUUGGGUUUUGGAGGAGCUCGAGAGGACGAAAUAG